UCUCCCAGAUUCCGUAUCUCUUUUUUCAGUCGUGGGGAUUUUUAAAAAGAGCUGGUUGUCUCGAUGUAGGGCAUGCUAUGACAGCGUCAUUACUUCUGCAUUCCCGCUGGAUUGACCCAGUCAUGUUUCUGUAUGAUAACGGUUUGGAUGAGAUCAAUAAAAACAUGGAGGGCUUCACAGGAGGCAAUUAUGCAGCAAAUCAGUGCAGGAAUUUGUUGGCGCAUCCGACGUCCCUGGCUCCAAGCACUACCUACACGUCGAGCGAGGUGCCGGUAUCUGGCAUGGGCGAAGCUGUCAAACAAUGCAGCCCCUGUUCCGCAGCCCAAAGUUCAUCAAAUGCGUCCUUGCCUUAUGGAUAUUUUGGCAGCAGCUACUACCCGUGUAGGAUGUCACACAGCAGCGUCAAGUCCUGCGCGCAACCCUCCUCUGCCUAUGGGGACAAAUACAUGGACACAUCCGUUUCAGGAGAGGAGUUCCCAGGGUCCAGGGCGAAGGAAUUCGCUUUCUACCAAGGCUACUCCUCCAACCCUUACCAACCUGUCUCCAGCUAUCUGGACAUCCCAGUGGUACCCACCCUCAGCGGACCCACCGAGCCCAGGCAUGAGCCUCUUCUGCCAGUGGAGCCUUAUCAGCCAUGGGCUAUCACCAAUGGAUGGAAUGGUCAGGUUUACUGCGCUAAGGACCAGCCACAGUCAAACCAUCUAUGGAAAUCGUCCAUUCAAGACACGGUAUCUGGAGGUGAGGGCAGCUCUCUUCGACGUGGGAGGAAGAAGCGCGUGCCAUACACCAAGGUACAGCUGAAAGAACUGGAGAGGGAGUAUGUCGCCAAUAAAUUUAUCACAAAGGACAAACGACGAAGGAUAUCUGAUCAGUCAAACCUGACAGAGCGACAAGUGACUAUCUGGUUUCAGAACAGGCGAGUAAAAGAGAAGAAGGUUGUCAACAAAUUUAAGAGUCCCAGUUAGCUGUAUAUGGAACAACUGAAACAAAAAGACAGAAAAGGAAGAGACUUGAAGGUUGUUCAAUGAAAAUGAACUAUAUUAUAAUUUAUUACACAAUAUAAGGCGUCUCCUUCUCGCCCGCCAUGGGUUGGCUCUGUUUUUGGGGGUCCACUUGGCUUUUUUGUGUUGUUUUUUUGUUGUCGUAAUUAAUUGAAACCAUUCGAUGUCCUGUGUUUGAAGGAAAUGGGGAAAUAACUUCCUCCUUGUUUAUAUAUUCUGUUUCAUACUCUAUUCGACGGACAUAUAGCUUUUAUAAUUUUCUACAAACUGUUCCCAAUACGCUAAAUAACUCAUAGCAUAAAAUAUGACAUCUCUACUCAGAACACAGCCUUCUGUAAAUUGGAAACGUAAAAACUCAAAUCUGUGUGGGACAAUUCCAUUUUAGCUCCAUCAGAGUACGAAUUAAUGACUGAAAAAAUUGUGCAGCAUUGAUAUUGAGGGUUUGAGAUUAUUCGUUGAAUUUGAGUAUACAUUCCCUGAAUUGAUUGAUAUUGAAAUGUUGGUGAGAGCGCGAUAGCGCGCAACACGCAAAUCGUUUAUGCCUACGAAUAUAAUUUUAGAAGCUGAAACAUUUCCCUUCACAUAAUGAUUGAGCUAUUAAUUAGUACAUUGCUUUACAUUUACUUUAUGCAUUCUGUCAAUAUUCAGUUAAUUAUAAACGAUUACAUUUUUUUAUUAUGUCUGAGUAGGCUACGUCUUUUUUCCCAUACAGUAAUAAUCAUCUUAACUCUGUUUUACGCAACAAUUAUCUGCGCCGUUAUCAUUGUUUGAAAAUGCUGUAUUUCGUUUUCUAUCAUAACAAAUGUAAAUACAUCUGAUUGUAAUUCAUGAACAGUUGCAUUUAAAGUUUCCCCUGUUUUUGACUGCAAACAUAUAGCCAAUGAGCUCUUCCCAAUAAAAGUUGGAGAAACCCCGUUACUACGUUGUUCAUAUUUUUUCUCAGACAAAUUUAAAGUCAGACUAGUAAUGAGCAUUUAUUUUGCAAUAACGUUUUGUCGGGGACAUUUUCUUAGCUUUUUUAUUUAAUUUCUUGAAUUUAGGUAGGCUACAAGCCUAGCGUUGAUACAACGGGUCAAACAGCUUUCCAUUUGGUCAUUUUAAUGUUGUAGAGGCUUGCAACAUUGAGCCCUUAUAAU